AUGAUGGGCGACCUAGCUCCAGAACUGAGCAGAAAGAAGCGAGCAGCUUGGAAAGCUUUCAAGAGCAUUGAGGAAGUAGUGAAAAGAAAAAAGAACACCCAACUCCGUGCCCACCUUUCCGACUUAACGGUACUUCUUGCCCUAACGUAUGCGUCAGAAACCUGGUCGCUGCGCAAGCAGGAUGAAAGGUCUCACAGCGUUAUCGAACGCGCAGUCGAAAGGACGAUGCUAGGAGUAUCCCGUUCCACACAACUAAGGGAUGGGAUCCGAAGCUCCGAUUUGCGUCAACGAUCAAAAAUCAAGGAUGCCGUUCUGCACGCCAAACAGUCGAAGAUAAGCUGGGUCGUAUACCUAAUGCGUGUGAUUGACAACCUAUGGAGAAGAGCCAUUAGUGACUGGAUUUCUCGGGAUUUCAAACGUACUGCAGAAAGACCACCGACCCGAUGGCCAGAGUUUUUCACAAAAAGCCUUGAAAAAAGAUAUGAUGCUCGACGAGUCCCUAGAGCGAGAAGAAUCUACUGGGCUACCCUUGCACGCGACAGGGAAAAAUGGAAGAUUCACUGGCGGCCGCUUCAGUCACUCGCCGAUCAGCAGGACUACAGGUGA